AUGUCUAGCAUAUUUGAGGAAAUCACAAGAGUUGUAGUCCAAGAGAUGGAUGCUGGAGGGGAUAUGAUUGCUGUCAGAAGCAUCCUUCACGCUGACAGAUUUCACUGCUCCUCUCUGGUGAGGGGGAGGAGAAAUUUCUGGGGACAUCAGUACCACAGGACAGACCUCAUCCUGGAGGACAUACUGGAGAGAGGGGAGGGUGAAGAGCUGUUUGAGAAGCUGGAUUCUGGGCCCCAAGGUCAGUGUGAGGGGUUCCGAGUUCUGGACACAGGAGACUCAAAGGGAAUGUUGACGGUGAAAUUACCCAAAGAAAUAACAAUUGCAAGAGCCCUCCACAAGUCCCACAAGCAGAGAGUCCAGAUGUUGGAGACUCAUAUACCCCAGCAAUAUCUGGAUUUCCUUGAGCUCAGGGAGGCUGGAGUUGGGCAGCGUGUCUUUUUUAAUGCUGCUGAGUUCUUGGUAAAGACACAUAUAGAAUCCAUUCUGGAUAUCCUGGAUAACUUGAUUGAACUGUCUGAGGAGCAGUGUCUUAUGGCUGAGGCCCCAGAGAAGGGGACCCUGCCCCUGUAGAAGGACCAGGUGGAAUCUGUCCUGGAGCAGAACUGAGUGAGCCAGCCUCAAGCUGUGGGUGACCCUGACGUAUGACUUCUCUGCCCUCUGUGUUGCUCUCUUCCAUCCUGCUGCAGCUGGGUGAGAAGCUGACCUCGGUGUGUUCCUAACUAUAUGUUAGCCCUCGAACCAUUGUCCCCUCAAGCCUCUGGGUGCUCCCCUCCCAGGUCAUCCCUGUCUUCCGACUCCCAAUCAUCAGAACAGCGUCUUUAUAACAAAAGAUUUCCUUUCUCUGUUCUUUGAUACAUCGCAUUCCCUACAUGAU